UAGUUUUAUACGAACACAUGCCGUUAUUAGUAUCGGAUGUAGUAUUCGCUCAGUAUAACGCAUAGCAUCGACAGUGAAGCAGGUGCCAAAGAAUUCUACUUGAUCUUCGAAAAAAAAAUCUAAGAUCAUGAUGGAAUUAAAAUUUUCUCUCCAACUGUGACUGCACGUCUAGUUGCACGUGAAAAUCGUGAAAUAAUGUGAAAAUUGUUUGUUGGUGAAUUAGCCCAAUCGCAUAUAAGCCCGUUUCUAAACAUUGCUGAUCACAAUAGGAAAUGUAACCAAGCAAAUAACAGUGAAUAAAAACAUCAAUAAAUGUGUCUGAUCCAGUGCAGUCAACGAAUCAACGGCCAUCUCAUACGGUAUUACAUAAUCAGGCAAAGAGCAGUCGCGUGGAAAACAAAAUUGUGAUCAAAAAUAUCAUCAGAUCAACCUGGGAAAAUCGUCCUGCUGAAAGUAGGCAAAUAAAUACACGCGAUCUUCAGUGAACCUAUUGGUGUGAUGAUGAUCAGUGCCUCUUGUUGGAAAACUAUGCUACCUAUGUUUUCUUCCCGUGUGUUUGGUUGGUUGUUCCUGUUACUUUUCAUCCCAGUUGAAUCGUACAAUGGUGAUCUCGAUGAAACAGUGGAGCAUAUAAAGAUCGGAGGCCUGUUUGAUGGCGCUACGGAAGAUGCUGAACUCGCAUUCCAGUAUGCCGUAGAGGCGGUCAAUAAUGAGAAGUUAUCCUACUCCAACUACCAACUGGAGGCACAAGCCGUUCAGGUUAAGUACGGCGAUCAGUUCGAUGUGUCCAAGAAGCUAUGUCAGCUGCUUAAGACGGGAGUGGCCGGAAUAUUUGGACCGUCUUCUCCCAAAUCGGCAGUACACGUCCAGAGUGUAUGCGACGAGAAGGAGAUGCCUCACAUCGAGACCCGUUGGGACGCAUACACCAAACUGCCAACGCUUAACUUGCAUCCCCAUCCUCACAUAAUGGGACGUGUAUUUCUUGAUCUUAUCGUAGCGUUCGAGUGGAAAGAUUUCACUAUUCUGUACGAAUCCGGUCCUUGGUUACCAGGUAUCUCCGAUCUGCUUAAAAUGUACGAUCCCAAAGGUUACACGGUGACGGUGCGGCAGCUGGAUCUACGUCUGAACGGUAACUAUCGGGCAGUGCUACGACGUGUCAAGCUGUCGGACGAUAAGCGCAUUAUUCUAGCGUGUUCAAUCGAAUCCAUGCCAGAAGUGUUGAAACAGGCCCAGCAGGUAGGACUGUUGACGGACCAUCAUCAGAUCAUCAUCACUUCGCUUGAUCUGCAUACGAUCGAUCUCGAGCCAUAUCAGUACAGUGGUACCAACAUAACUGGGGUUCGAUUGAUUGAUCCUGAAGAGGAUAAGAUCAAACAGGUGGCUGAGUUCCUGAAUGCGUCACAGAUCGCCAAGACACUUGAAUUGCAUGACGGGCUAAAUCCGGCCAAAAUGCGCGUAGAAACGGCACUGAUGUACGACGCUGUGUUGCUAUUUGCUGAAGCUCUUAAGCACCUGAUCGGCAGUGAACCACCGCGUCUGCUCGAACCGAUCGCCCUGAAGUGUGACGAUCCUACGACGUGGAAAAAUGGAUACAGCGUCAUCAACUACAUGAAGAGUUCGACCAUUCAUGGACUGACACGGUGUAUAAAGUUCGAUCAUCAGGGCCAUAGGUCCGACUUUUUGCUGGACAUUAUCGAGCUCGGCCCGGCUGGUCUUGAGAAGGUUGGAGUGUGGAAUUCCACCGAAGGACUUAACUUCACGCGUAAGAAGGAACAAACGUUACAUGCGCUUGACGACGGAACACUGCAGAAUCGCACCUUUCUCGUACUGACGGCCAUUUCUCCACCGUACGGUAUGCUGAAGGAUUCGCCUGUAAAGCUCACCGGAAAUGAGCGCUUUGAAGGCUUCGGUAUCGAUCUCAUUCACGAGCUUUCGCUAAUGCUAGGAUUUAACUACACCUUCAUACUACAGGAAGAUGGCGUUUAUGGUUCUCUUAAUAGUGAGACUAAGAAAUGGAACGGCAUGGUGCUGGAACUGCUCGAAUGGCGUGCUGAUCUUGCUAUUACCGAUCUUACGAUCACAUCCGAUCGGGAAAGUGCCGUCGAUUUCACCAUGCCCUUCAUGAACCUGGGCAUCUCGAUCCUGUUUCGAAAGCCGACCAAAGAACCACCGUCCUUGUUUUCCUUCAUGUCACCGUUCUCGAAACAGGUGUGGUUGUAUCUGGGCGGUGCCUAUAUGAUGGUCUCCAUGUCGCUGUUCGUGCUCGGACGUAUCUCACCCAAGGAAUGGGACAAUCCGUAUCCGUGCAUUGAAGAGCCGGAAGAGCUGGAGAACCAGUUCAGUUUCAGUAACUCUAUGUGGUUUACGAUCGGUGCACUGUUGCAGCAGGGUUCCGAAAUUGCUCCCAAAGCCCCUGCUACACGUGCCGUCGCCUCCAUCUGGUGGUUCUUCACACUGAUCAUGGUUUCGUCGUAUACCGCAAAUCUGGCCGCUUUCCUCACUGUGGAGCAGGUUGUCUCUCCGAUCAACAAUGCGGAAGAUCUGGCAGCUGCCGGCGGUACCGUCAAGUAUGGUGCCAAGCGUGAUGGUAGCACGAUCAGCUUCUUCAAGGACGCAGAGUAUGGCACAUAUGCGAAGAUGUACCAAUACAUGAUGGCUAAUGUGGAUCUGCUUACGUCAUCGAAUCCGGAGGGUUUGCAGCGUGUCAAGACGGAAAACUAUGCCUUCCUGAUGGAGUCCACCUCGAUCGAGUACAUCGUGGAGCGUGAGUGUGACGUUACGCAGAUCGGUGGAUUACUCGAUGAUAAGGGUUACGGGAUUGCGAUGCGCAAGAACUCCCCGUACCGUAGUGCACUUAGUGAAGCGGUACUGCGGCUACAAGAACAAGGUGUGCUGACCUCGCUGAAGCGCAAAUGGUGGAAGGAAAAGCGAGGUGGUGGUGCCUGUUCGAAUACGAUGGAGGAAGGCGGUGCACUUGCACUUGAGCUGGCAAACGUUGGUGGUGUUUUUGUGCUGUUGAUCGUUGGCUGUGUCGCGGCACUGUUUGUCAGCUUCUGCGAGAUGUUCUGUGACGUUCACCGUCGUACACGCGAAUUGAAGCAAAGCACUAGCGAUGACGGUGCCGAGGAGCUUGACAUGGACAAUGUUGGUGGUGUAUUUUUCGUCCUGUUUGUCGGUUGCUCGUUCGCCAGCUUGUUUGGCUGCUGUGAGCUAUUCUUCGUCAUUGCACACCGAGCUAGGCGGCACAAGGUACCGUUCCGUGAGGAACUAAUGGCCGAGUUGCGCUUUGUAGCCAAGUGUCACGGAAACACUAAGCCGGUAAGACAUCGCAAGAGCUCAUCCGCAUCCGCCGAGAAUUCGCUCGAAUCGGCCAUGGAAUCAGCUGGUCAGUCGGCCACAUCAAGCAAACAGGACCUUUCGGGAAGCCGCACCGGCGGUGCUGGAAUAGUUGAAGGCCGUGACACAGAAUCUGAGAAUCGGCAGCGAAAACAAAACGGUGGCAAAUCGGCACUUAACGAUAGCACACGGAAGAUGAAAUCGGAUGAUUAAGUAUCUUCACCGGUUUCCCCGUUUGUUGAACAAAAAGUAUUGUUAAUACAUUGUCUAAAUCUUGGAGACAAGUUGUAGGAAUUUGCAGAAGUCAUUGUUUCAAAAUAAAGAUGUUCAAGAAUAACUAAUA